GCCGACCUAAGAACUUCGUACGAGAGAGGCAACCAAGAUUGCAAUCUCAAAGAACUGAUAUCUUAGCAACAGGAAACAAACAAAUAAAAACAAAUCAUGUUUAAAAACUUGUUGUCACGUACUGUUAACCCAUUCUGGAAAAUUUAUCAAUCCUCAUUUGAUAUUCAGAGUGAGGUUCGCUGUCAUCGCUGUACCAACCAACAUCAGAUCCGCAUAUUUCUGAUUAAAUCAGAAGGAAGGAGGAACAUCAUUAGGAGAGAUAAAAGUAGAAUGUCUGAUUCCGUGGAGGUCUUAGGACUAGGCCUACGACACCAAGGCCAAUCAUAAGACGAAUGCCAAGACCGGUACCAGGACCACAAGACCGACAGACUUGAAUAUAAGCAGAACAGACAAACUCUUGGGUUGGGUUUUACGUGGAUGCUUCUGGGAUUCCAUCGCUUUUGAAAUUUUCAUCACUUCGUACUCAAGGUUCUUCGUUUAUGUUUUUUUUACGAAGCCAUUAAAAAGGAUCGGAGGGAUAGCUCAAAGAUAACCAUUUUUUUUCUUUGGUGUGCAAAUUUUCGAAGAGAACACUCAUUUCCAUCAUGGCAACUCUGGCGGUUGUAUGUUUUCUCAUGAUGUAUUGGGCCAGUAUGAUGGCGAUGCCGAUACCUCGGGAUACUCUUUCUGAGGGUCAUGGGUUCGAAGACCCUGGCCAGCAUUCGAAAGAUGUGGAAGCUGCAACAUCAGGUGUAGUCUCGACCUUCGUACCUUUGGAUGACAGUGAAGUUGCGAAAUAUUUUCAAGACUAUGGUUUCUUGCCCCAAUCACUACAUGUUGAAACGGACCCAGAGAGCGUAGAAGUUAAUCUUACCGACGCCAUUUUGAAGUUCCAAGAUUUUUUUGAGCUGCCUCCUACUGGUGUCGCCGAUGCAAGAGUCCAAGAAUUGAUAGAUCUUCCCCGAUGCGGCCUACCGGAUGUAUUUUCGUUCUCCGUUGGCUUUUUCCGGUGGUAUGACCUGAACUUGACCUAUCGUAUCGUUGAACUGGAUGAUAGCAUGCCUCUCGGUCGACAGGUCAUCGGUGACGUCAUUCGUGAUGCGAUGCAGAUGUGGAUGUCUGUGACGUCAUUAAUCCUAUGCGAGGUGAACGAUCCGGACGUUGAUGUCGACAUUCAUAUCCGACAUUUCCAGGGCGAGCACGGUGACGGUAUCUCAUUUGAUGGACCCGGAGGAACGCUCGGUCACGCCUUCUUACCGACCUUCGGUGAAGUCCAUCUCGAUGCUGCCGAAAACUGGACAGUGGACACGGGGGAUGGAAUCGACUAUUUUCAAGUCGUCGUCCAUGAAAUUGGGCAUGCUCUGGGUUUGAUGCAUUCCGGCGUAGAGGGGGCAAUAAUGUAUCCCUUUUAUCGAUUUCGUUCCGAUGUUGAGCUUCAUCAAGAUGACAUUCAAGGCAUUCAGCUGAUGUAUGGAACGCCUGAUGAUCUUCAAAGAGAUGUGAGAGAGCAUAGAUGUCCCUAUUCUGGACCGACCCGUUCGCCUUCUGGACAAAGACAAGGAUUCGAAAAGACAAAAGUGUUGCUCUCAAGAAUAGAAAGCUUGACUGGAUAUUUUCUCAUGGAAUAGGUGGACAGGUAUAUUUUUCUGUUCUUUGCCUUGACAGUUGUUGUUGAUGAAGUGACGAUUUGCCAUUCAGUUUCAUGUCAAAUGCUCAUGAGGUAGAAAGGUAUAUUAAGGCUUUCAUGAAUUAGAAAAAAAUAGGUGGUAUUCUCUUAAAGUCAAUCCUGAUUUAACUGCAGAUUUAAAAAGAAUUUGAGUACACAAUCCUACGGAGUUAAAGAUACCUUACCCACAGCCAACAUAGAGGGAUCCAUUCAUUGUAUUAACAACAUUUUGCUUUUUCAGUUACUCUUAUGGUAUGAUAGCUUUUUAUUUUAAUAAUAUUCCAAUUUUAUACAGUGUACGUACUUCAUUGAAAUAAGGAAUCUCAAUUUACUUUCUUCUAAAGAAGGUUUAUGCACAGUAUUUGUUUGAUUAUGCACAUUGUCGAACAGUUUUGAUAUGACUUAGAAGUAGAAAUAACCUAGUGUGCAUUAUCUACUCUGAUAAAAAAAACAUUGCUUAGCCCAUUAUCUGAUGCAGAUAAGGUUGACAACUUAACAACAUAUAUGAUAGCAAUACGCAUGAGCUUGAAUAAAGCACAUUGUAGACAAAAAGA